GAAGAACGAAGAUGAGGAACGGCGGCGGUACCUCAAGAUCUCAGAUUGUCAGUUGGUGGUCAGCCGUCACGUAGGAAGGACGUGGUAGAGUGUCCCGCUUGCUUCGCCGCGGCUUCACCUCGCCGCACUUCACCUCUUCUCGCUUCGGAUCGUCUCGUCUCGGUCGCGGAAGGAGCAUCGCCUGCGCAUGGACGCUUCGUGUAUGUGUGCUCUCCUCAGAGAGAAGUCGACAAACGCGAUAUGAUUUGUAUCGGGUUACCUACCGGUGCUAUGGGUCAAUAACUCGUCCAUCUGCGUAAAAUAUUAUAUUUUUCAAACGCGGAGGCUAAUAACAGUUCAUUAUGAACAAAUUAUGUCGGUAAUCUCUGAGCAGCAGCUAGGCAGUAGCGACUACCACUGAUUGUGAGAGAUGAACGCACAGACGACCGAGUGGCACGAGCAUUUUUCAACUUGGUGAAUGCAUGCCAAGUUACUCCGUAUUCGCUUAACGGUAUUUUCCCGGACAUCGAAAAUUGCAUUCCUUUGUAACUUGGAGGAGUACCGCACAUGCGACCGCUUUAUCUCGCCCACAGGUUGACCCGUCGAAACGUCGGCCGAAGAAACGUCAAUUACUAUCUGACCAAGGCUGCAAAACAAGUACUUUAAACGAAUUCUGACUUUAUUAGCGAGUCUACCAGUCUCGUAGAGAGCCGUAGCAUCUCUUUUUACAAUGAGAAUGCGAGGAAUGCUUUGACACGAUCAGCCUCCGCACAAUUAUCAUCAUGGUGCACUGUCGUCAAGGAAUGUCAUAAAAGCUCAACUCCGAAUCUCGUGGGAAACGACGUACGUCUUUACGUAUCUAAUUCGAUCGGAAGUAAAAACUCGAGAAUCCGGACGAUGGCUUCCAUGUGUGGCAGCGGAAAGAGUCACGCCGUAAUGAAUGCCGCCGGUUAUUACAGGCCUAACCCUUACACUUAUCAAAGUGACUAUUAUUUAGCGCCAAGAUCUACUUGGUCCAGAGUAUCAGUAGCACAAAGAAAUACUACAUGGAGGUUUGGCAGUGCCAUGUUAAUUAUAUCCGCUAUGUUAGUGUUGGUCGCAGUUCUGGCAAUUGCUGGAUUGGCUCUGUGGAUGGGUGCUUUCCGAACAGAUUCUAAAAAUGCUAUCGUCGGAUUUUCGUGUAGCUUUAGAAUAGCGAGAGGCGAAAGGUACAAUCCCAUGUUAAAAUUGAACACGAGCAUGGUCUUUCGAGAAAAGGAACGAAAAUUCAAAAAUAUUUUCGAGCUUCUAUUUAGGAGAAGCGUGCUGGGUUUAUCCUACAAGCAAACCAUGAUAGAUAAGUUUGAGAACGGGACCUUGAAAAUUUUCUUUAGAUUGUAUCUCGAUCGAAGGAAGAUACCACGCUCAAUCGUAAAUAUCGAAGACACCAUUCAAGAUGUCAUUGUCAAAGAAACAUAUUCAAUAACAUCCUUGUUUAAAGACAUGGAAUUAGAUCUCACAUCCAUAUCAGUGAAAAGAAUAAAUCAGGAAGGUACAAUGAACCAGAAACAAGGACAGCAGAAACAUGCUAUGAUCACUAAGAAUGGUCUAUUACGACCCAACAGAAAUAGCAGCUUGAUUAUGAGUUCAAAGCCAAAAACGAAACCAAUCAGGACCGACUCCAGCGAGCCCAACAUAGACUUCAACAACAUUCCGACCAUUCAGGGUACCUACAGAGCAACAAAAGUUAAUAUCACCGCGGAAAAUUCGACUGAAGAAAUAUUUGAGAGAGAAUCGACAACAGAUAGUAAAACACUAGUUAAACAAACUACUAGGAGAAUGCCGUCACAAAAACACACCACGACGUCACAAAACGUAUUCAAUCGCGUAGAAUCUUCGCCGACGGACGAACCUUCGACACUCUUCACGAAAUCCACUACAGCCACCACAGUCAACAAGAAUAAACCGACCGAAAAGCAAGAGAAUGAAAUGAAAACUACGACUUUAAGAACCACGAGCGUUCGAAGCGACUUGGAUAUCUUCAAAGAUUUCCGCAAUCCAGAUUUCGAGAAUGACUCGCCGUGGAAACCGAUCGUGCCAGGAUACGUAAACACGGAAUUCAAGUUGCUACCUAAUGACGAUGUCAGAGAAACCAGUUAUACGGAAUCGUCCACCCGGAGAAUCGUUUCGACGACGAGCGAUUCUCGCGAUAACGUAAGAAAAUCCGACCACGCUGGAACCAGCGUGACAACGGUGCCAGGGUUACCAUUUAUUAACUUUCGCAACGUGUCCGAGAUAAAUACCUUCGAUACGGACAAUACCAAUUUUCCACGGGAUAGGCUAGCUCCGAACGAUGAGGGGAAACUGGGCAUUGAGGUAGCCGGACAACUACCCUCGGAAAUGUAUAAUGUCAAGCUGAAAGUUUCGUCGGUUAAUAACAAUGGAGAAGUAACUUCCAGCUCUGAGAGCUCGAUAAUUCAUCGAGUCUCCGAAAACAUCCAAACGAAAGAUAAUAUCUCUCAAGAUAAGCAGAAAGACUCGAAUGCCACUCGAAGGACGGAGACAAGGUUUGAGACGUCAGCAUCGACGAUGGAGCCUGAUGAUACAUUCGGAUCGCAUAGCGACGACAAAAUUAUCAACGACUCGCUGACGAGCGGUGUUGGCGUAGCAGAACCUGUGCCAGACACGGAAGUCGAAUUUGAGGCGAAGAAUCGAUACAGAGAGAGCGCUGGAAUCCUAGCGCUGGCCCCAAACGAAGACACAUUGCGGAAUAGGAAGAUUAACGCCAAUCCGCAGCAGCCGAUUUAUACCAGUUACAAUACGCCUGAUCUGAACGGUGGUAAUCUCGGAUUCAGCUUGAUCGAGAACCCAGCGACCACGAAGCCUUUCAGACACACGAUACCCGUCGACAAAAUCACGUCCGUCGUAAAUUACAGCAUCAACAUUCCUCUUCAUCACCUGGACGAUCCAGCCCCUUCGGAUGCCACGAUCACCGAUGCAAAAUUGUCCCAAGAUAAGAGUCUCACGUCAUCAAAGAGAGUCGAAGCGGAAACCUCUUUCGUUACGGAGCACGGUGAUGCGAUGACCCAGCCCCUGCCCAAUUACGGCCGAAUUACGUUGACAGAGCCGAACGUUCUACGAAUUAUCAAGAAUGACGACACAUUAUCGCACUUUAGCACUACCGAGAGUAACCCGGAGCCAAAGUUAACCGCGAAAGAUUCCGGCGGUAAGAGGGGCGUAUCGAGAAAUUCAACGUUCGUCGAAAUCGACAUUGUUAAGCACACGCCCGGUGAGUCGGAAGAAAACUCGGAGUCAUAUGCGGACCAAGUGCCAGCCAGCGAUGACGAAUUACAAAAGAAGAAGGUUUACAACGAGACUCUAAAAGCCUAUGUAGUAGAAAAUCUCGUGACUUUGGCACCUGUCAAGAGCAACACGGGGAUUGGUAGGCCGGUGCGACCGAGACCGAAGAUCGACUCUCCUGAUACGAUUCUUUUAGAGCAGUUAUUUGGAGUGCAUAAUUACACGCAUGACCGAGAUACGACAAAUACCGAGUCUAAAUCUUCCACCUCGCACGAAACCCAGAAUUCUACGAAAUCUGAUGGAAAAGAAUCCUUAAAUCGUAACAGCACUAUAGUGGAACAGAUAGUUGAAGUCGUGACCUCCAUUAGUACCAGAGUGUCGUCCAGCAUCAACGAUCCAAUCAUCUUGAAAUUUAUCGUCGCAAAUUCCACUAAUCCAGAGACUAAUCCGUCUCUGACGGCGGACGACGAAGCAAAUAGAUCGCUCGAAUCGGCUGUCGACACGACGUCGAUGGAGAAGGUACUCUCCUGGACCCAAAAACAACCGUUUUUAUCAGCGGCGAAUUUAAGGACGAUGCAGACGUCGGACAGAAAAAUGUCGCUCGAAGAAAACAGACUUCUACUGGAGAAGCUCAAGCAGCUCGCCCAAGUCAAAACGGAUGACGAUUCCGUACAAAUUACUAGGAAUAAAUCCAACUCGAGCGAAACGUUGGAACCUCAAGACCUCACGUUGUCGCUGAAUAUCGACGAGCUCAAAAAAAUCGCCGACGUCGCGACUGGAAGCGAUACUCCACAUAACGCGAGUACGGAAUUCAUCUUGAGUCGCGACGGAGUGGAAAUAUUUACGAAAGUACUGAGAAACAAUAAGGAAGAGAAUCAAACAGACGAGACUCAUACAAUGUCGACGAUACAAAAAAUCAACAAGAAUAAUGAUAGCUGCGUUGGUUUCCUGUGUGGAGAUGGAAAAUGCUUAGACACCAGUGCGAUUUGUAACAUGCUGGUAGAAUGUCCUGGCGCGGAGGACGAAGCCAAUUGCACGUGCGCUGACUUCCUCAAGACACAGCUGUUGUAUCAGAAGAUCUGCGACGGAAUCGCCGAUUGUUGGGACUAUUCGGAUGAGAGCAAUUGCGACUGGUGCAACGAAGGUCAAUUCGUAUGCGGUAACAGCAAAUUUUGCGUUAAUACGGAUAAAGUGUGCGACGGCUUUAGUGAUUGUCCCGGCGGCGAAGAUGAGAAAAAAUGCACCGCUCUAAUAGACGACGAGCUAGAGGAGGACAUCACUGAGUCGCGAAUUAAUCUCGUCCCGAUGGAAAACUUGUUGAAAAACCAUUCAAUCACCGAGACGAUCGACGAUUCUCAUCUCGAAGCGACCGAAUCUUCUAUUCUAGACACAACUUUAUAUGUGCCUUCUGAUGAUUUUCAAUCCGAGAGAUUAAUCAAGAACGACAAGAACGACUUAUUUUCGAAGUUGAUUGAUCGGGAAGCGGCUCGAAAUAGAAAUGCGGAGAAAAGUAAAAUCGACGAGGCUGCUGUUUCCAGCAGAGAGACAUCCUCGAAUGUUUUAAGGAACGAUUUAACUUCGGGGAAUAAUUUGCUUGUCAGAAAUAACGGAACUUUUCCAGUAGCAAAUGUCUAUAACAAGGAAAUUGACAAUUAUAAUAAUAAAGGAUAUCUGAGCGUACGUAAAAAUGGUGUGUGGAGAAAACUUUGUUACGAUACAAACGGUCUUAAUCAAGAGCGGCACGCGCGCCGAAUUACGUGGUCCAUCGAGGAUCUCGCGAAAGCUGCGUGCAAGGCCAUUACGUAUCGAGAUUACGAAACGGUGGAAAAGGUGCUAGAUCAAAACCCGCCGCCGAACCAGUUUUACUACACUUUGUCAUACAACGGCAGGUCAGAUCUUCCGGAGAGAACAGCUUUGUCUUUUAGAUCGUCCCAGUGCCCGAGCGGCGAGGUUCUUAAAGUGAGAUGCAAGGACUUCGAAUGCGGAAUAAGAACUCAGGUGGCAUCAACCGCGAGGAUCGUAGGCGGUGCAAGUAGCUCCAUGGGCAAUUGGCCAUGGCAAAUCGCUCUAUACAAAGAUGGAAACUAUCAAUGCGGAGGAGCUUUAAUCAAUGAGAGAUGGAUUAUAUCAGCUGGACACUGUUUCUAUUACGCACAGGACCGUUAUUGGGUCGCGAGAAUCGGUGCGACUCGUAGAGGAAGUUUCCGAAGCCCGCACGAGCAACUCUUGCGAGUAGAUUACAUAUCGUUGCAUCCGGAUUACAUCGAUAACGGAUUUGUCAAUGAUAUAGCUGUAAUAAGACUCGAACGAGCGGUUAGCUUCAGCGAUUACAUUCGACCUGUCUGUCUUCCAAAAGCACCGGUUCCCAGCGGGACUGUCUGCGUUGUUACCGGAUGGGGGCAAUUGUACGAAGUCGGCAGGGUAUUUCCUGAUACACUGCAAGAAGUACAAAUCCCGGUGAUAUCGACGGAGGAUUGUCGACGAAAGACGCUAUUCUUGCCGCUGUACAGGAUUACGUCUGGCAUGAUGUGCGCUGGAAUUGAAAACGGUGGCAAAGACGCCUGUCUUGGAGACAGCGGUGGUCCUUUAGUAUGCUUAUCUCAGUUUGAAAAUAGAUAUGAAUUACAAGGAAUCACUUCUAACGGCUAUGGAUGCGGGAGACGGGAACGGCCAGGAGUCUAUACGAAAAUUUAUUCAUAUAUAUCAUACAUUAAUUACGUCAUCACGAAAAAAGACAUUCAAUCUUCCGCGGUGGAAGUCUGCAAAGGUCACAGAUGCCCUCUCGGAGAGUGUCUACCCAAAUCAGCUGUCUGCAAUGGAUUUCUGGAAUGCUCCGAUGGUAGCGACGAACGAGAUUGUGCCGCAAUCUCGUGAUAAUAUAAGACUGAUAUGUCGAUAUAAUAAUGUAAACGCGAUUUCUAUAAGCUAGCGUGAUAAACAGGUAUAGUUUUAUUAGAGGGAAAGUUCACGCAAUUGUAUAUAAAUGUAUACGUAAAGAUAUGUCGCGCAUCAACUUGUCUUGUUAAUUUCUUCAAAAGAUAAUACAUACUAUUGAGUGUAUUUUUGCUUCCUUACAUCGCACAAAACAUUUUUGUAAUACUAAUUACCAUCCUGUAUACAAUGUGGUAAUAUCAAUCUGCAGACACAACAAAAGUUUGACAGGAAAUCACGCAAAUACAAUAUUUGCAAUAUGCAGUUAACAAUUAAAAUUGCGUAACAAGAAUGGGUCGUAAAUGACGCUUUAUAGUUCAAAACGUAAAAGCGAAUUACAAAAGGAGAUGUGAUAGAACAUUCCACGUUCUUUUAUAUUGUUAGAGGAUUAUUUGUUAAUUACAGAUCAUGUAUCCAUGACGUAGAGAUAGAAUUAAAAUACAGUAAGCGGGAAAAUUGCGAAACUUUUCUUUAGAUAAUUGCUCUGCAAUUUUAUCUUCAAGAAAAGCAUUUUUUAAGUUUUAGAUUCUAAACUAACUGUAUGUACAUAAAACAAAAUAGAAAAAAAUUUACAAUUAUUUAUUUAAAACGUUGCAAAUUUCUUUCGCGUUAUUAACGGUCAGGUAUUUUAGUUUCUACAGACAAUUUUAUCCACAUAUAGAUUGAAACUUGAUUCGAAAUCCAUGUUAAUUUUGCUUUUAGGUAGAUGCUUUAAAAUACUUUGCACUAUUGGCAAAAUUUGAUUAAAUAAAGAGAGUCUAGUCUACAAUGUAAGAAGACACGACUUAUCUUCACAGUUCAAUGUGUACAUUACGAAAUUAUUAUGAAAUUAAAGUAAAACUUACAAGAAAAAAUGGCAGCAAAUAUAUUCUUUUUAUAAAAUUCAUAUUUUCAUUGUCCCCAAUUUUUAUUUGGAUAAUUUAAAGGUAAUUAUGAUAUAUAAGAGCAACGUCACAACGAAUGAUAUACAACUUCGCUUUAUUAGAUUUAUUAGUCAGAUUCAUCACCAAAAAUUAUAUCGACGAAAAAUAGUAUAUAUAUCAUAUAUACGUACAUAUUGACAUUUAAAUAAAACUUUUGUAAAUAAUUUCACAAUACUGUUAUUAGAUUAAAAAUAGAUGAAAUAAUUAUGUAUUUAUUACAAGUUGUACAACAAGAACAAACAAAUGCUUAUGAUGUCACUGUUCUUCAUUGCAAAUGUCAUUUAAUACUUUACUUAAGUAGUUUUACUUAACUCUUCGAGCAUUGUUGGCGCAUAUAUGCGCUCAGAGAAAGAAGUUUGUUUUGCUCUGUAGAUAUGCACUCAGAGUAAGAAAAACUAUUAUUUUGGUGCCACACAGAGUGUUGCUUCCCCCCCAUAUCAUUACGCUAUUCCAUACCAAAAGGGUUAAGUAAUUUUACCUAAGUAAUAUUAGUAUUAGCAUAUUCUCGUUAAAUGUCACACUGUUAGACUUCUAUUCCAGUUCUCGAUUAUCUCAUCUGUAAAUAUCGUAUAAUACUGAACUCGAUAGAGUAAAAGUUAAGAAGCAAAGCAUAUCGAACUAUUGAUGAUGGCAUCCGACAUCAUUUAGGAGUAAUGCUCAGAGGCCUACUAUAUCUGGUUCCUGAUAGCUGUACAUGUAACAAUGUUCAUUCCAUCCAUGGUGUACCAGCAAGUUCUGUGCAUCGACAGGUUUGAGCAAAACUUCUCGUACAAUAAAAAAUGGUGUAAAUGUAUAAAAGAGCGAUUCGAAGACGAUAAAACUUUUGUCCUUUUACUAUGUUUAACACGAUUCGUUAUGCUCUCUUACUUUCGAUCUUAAAAUAUACAAAUAUCUAUCCACAGAAAAAGAAA